CACCAGCCCUGCCAAGGCUGCAGCAGCAGGCAGGGAAACCAGGCGGACACAGCAAGUUCCCCCGUGUAAGCACUGAGGUGAUUUUGGGAUGGGUCUUCCUAUGAUGAAGAAACCUUUAUUUGUAAUAACCAACAGAAUACGGCAAAAUCAUCCCCAGGCAAACAACCUCCCCAGCCUUUCCAUCUCUGUAUAAAUGACUGCGAUUAGGGAGCACCAUUGCGAACACUUGUGCAUUUACGCACACAGAAGAUGCAGAUAUGUUGUUGUGAUCAUGACACACAUAUACAUUUUAAACAGACCCCCUGCUAUAUAAGGGGUGGCUCAGCAGUGGCCUUCGUCAGCCUACAUGAAAGGAGGAAACCUUCACUGCCAAGCAACACCUGAGCAACGAACCAGGCAGAAAUGGCUCCAGGGUCCUGGCUGUCUCCUCUCUUCCUUGCUGUGAUCACUCUGGGACUGCAGUGGCCACAGGAAGCUGCCACCUUCCCGGCCAUGCCCCUUUCCAACCUGUUUGCCAACGCUGUGCUGAGGGCUCAGCACCUUCACCUCCUGGCUGCUGAGACAUACAAAGAGUUCGAACGCACCUAUAUCCCAGAGGACCAAAGACAUGCCAACAAAAACUCCCAGGCAGCAUUUUGUUACUCAGAAACCAUCCCUGCUCCCACGGGGAAGGACGAUGCUCAGCAAAAAUCGGACAUGGAGCUGCUUCGGUUCUCACUGGUUCUCAUCCAGUCCUGGCUGACCCCGGUGCAAUACCUAAGCAAGGUGUUCACCAACAACCUGGUUUUUGGCACCUCAGACAGAGUGUAUGAAAAACUAAAGGACCUGGAAGAAGGGAUCCAAGCUUUGAUGAGGGAGCUGGAGGACCGGAGCUCGCGGGGUCCCCAGGUCCUCAAACCCAGCUACGACAAGUUCGACAUCCACCUCCGCACCGAGGACGCGCUGCUGAAGAACUACGGCUUGCUGUCCUGCUUCAAGAAGGACCUGCACAAGGUGGAGACCUACCUGAAGGUGAUGAAGUGCCGGCGCUACGGGGAGGGGAACUGCACCAUCUGAGCGCGGGGACGGCUCCGCCCUGCUCCUGCCCCUCGCUGGCCGCGGCUGCCCUGCUCCCUGUAAAGA